GUUGUUUCAAAUAUUGUCAUCAGCUAUAUCCUUUGUAUAGGUACCUUGUUAUCCUUUGUUCAAUGGGCUUGCAUGGCCAUUUUAAUAUCCACUAUGGAUGUUUCCAUAAGUACGUGGUCCAAACUUACAUAUGUGACGGUUACAAGAGGUGACUUAUGGUUUUCUCUGGCGUUGAGUUCACUGAUUAUUGGCAUCUGUGUCUUCAUGUCAAUGUUGGGCAUCGUCAUGUGGCAAGGUAACAAGACCGAGUAUCAGCCAGUCCCUCCUGCGACUGCGACCAACGAGUCGGGAAGACUAUAUACCAGUCAAGAGAAUUUGGAUGAAAUCAUUGAGGUAUCAGGUGAACGAGCACAUGGCUAGACUAUGUAUCACAUUCGACUUUAAUGGUCUAGUCAAAUAAUUAUACAUGGAGUUUUUUAGGCCAUGCAUCCAGUGUACAUGACAACGUCUGCGUUCGUGAACCCUGUACUAAUAAUACACCAUAGACCAUUUUCCUAACGUCCAUUUCCAAACGGCUCAAGCACCUUGGAAUAGUGAACUUGUGUUUAA